GUUUUUAAUAGGAAUCAAGCAAAGAAGUUGAUUCAUCCAAUUCUUUGAUUCCAUUUCUAGCCCUAUAUAUAAAGAAGACAAUCCAAGAUUUCAACAAUAUCACAAACAAAGCAAGCCCUCCUCUUCUUUGUCUUUGUUGUUUUUGAAUCUAUAGAGCUUUUUGUAAAGAUGAGCAACAGGUUGUUGUUGGGACCAGGUUCUAUAGGCUCCGAUUCGAUGCAGCAACUAAUAAAAACUGACAGAGGCAGCUUCAUGGCAUCCGAUGACACUGUCAUGUUGAAGCAAAUCCAGACAACUCAUAAUCCCGAUGGCCGCGAAAUUGACAUUAAAUCUAUUCUUCUUAUCGUCGAGGACAUCCUCAGCCGUGCCACCAUGACCGUCGAAACCAGCAUUGUCCCGGGCGUCCAUGCACAAAUUGAAAACAUGGAAAACAAAGCCCACCAAGCUAGUGUCACUCUCAUGCUUGAGGCGCUCUCAUAUAUAAUUGACCGAAUUGCUUGUGAGAUGACAUACAAGUCUUUGGCUGGUGUGGAUGGACAUCAAAUAACAGUCUCUCUCUUUACUAUGCUAUCAAGCUAUUCAUGGGAUGCAAAAUUAGUGUUAGCCCUAGCAGCCUUUGCAUUGAACUAUGGAGAGUUCUGGCUUCUAGCUCAGAUUUACACAUCAAACCAACUCGCAAAAUCAAUGGCGAUCCUUAAGCAGUUGCCGUUCAUCAUGGAGCACUCGGGCCCACUGAAACCCCGGUUUGAUUCCCUAAACAGUCUCAUCAAGGCCGUGUUGGACUUGACUCGGUGCAUUGUCUCGUUUAGAGAGCUACCAUCGACGUAUAUUACUCAGGACAUGCCAGCUUUGUCCACGGCCAUGGCCACUGUCCCAACUGCUGUGUAUUGGGCCAUUAGAGGAAUCAUAGCUUGCGCAACUCAAAUCACUAGCCUCACUACCAUGGGCCAUGAGUAUGUAGCAGCCACCAUGGAGGCAUGGGAACUAUCCACCUUGGCUCACAAGAUCAAUAACAUACAUGAACAUCUCAAGAAGCAACUCGAUAUUUGCUAUCAACUCAUAGAGGAUAGGAGGAGCAUUGAAGCUUAUGAGGCACUACUGCGUGUCUUUGAUAUGAUCCACAUAGAUAACAUGAAAGUUCUCAGGAUGCUGAUUUAUGCCAAGGAUGAUCUGCAACCACUCUUUGAUGGUUCUUCUAAGAGAAGGGUUAAUCUCGACGUUUUGAGGAGGAAGAAUGUAUUAUUGCUCAUAUCAAGCCUAAACAUCUUACCGGAUGAGCUUUCAAUUCUUGAACAAAUUUAUAGUGAGUCGCGACAUCAUGCGACGAGAAUGGAUAAUCUAUAUGAGAUGGUAUGGGUCCCAAUCGUGGAUCGCACGGUGCAAUGGACAGACCCUAUGCAAAAGCAGUUUGAGGAUUUGCAAUCUACUAUGCCAUGGUAUACGGUGCACCACCCUUCCUUGAUUGAUCGGGCAGUCAUCAGGUUCGUCAAGGAGAAGUGGCACUUAAGGAAUAAACCCAUCCUAGUGGUCCUGGACCCUCAAGGGAAGGUUGUGAGCCCCAAUGCCAUCCACAUGAUGUGGAUUUGGGGAAGUAAUGCAUUUCCUUUCACAAUCACGAGAGAGGAAGCUCUUUGGAGAGAAGAAACUUGGAGGCUUGAGUUGUUGGUGAAUGGUACUGACCAAACAAUAUUGAAUUGGAUUAAAGAAGGAAAGUAUAUUUUCUUGUAUGGAGGGGAUGACAUGGAGUGGAUCCGAAGAUUCACCAAGACAGCACGCUCUGUUGCACAAGCUGCGAACAUCCCUCUAGAGAUGGCUUAUGUUGGAAAGAGUAGCAAGAAGGAACAAAUCCGAAGAAUCAUCAACACCAUCAAUCAGGAUAAACUGAGUUAUUCUUGGUCAGACCUCAUGAUAUGGUUCUUUUGGACUAGGCUAGAAAGUAUGUUGUUUUCCAAGAUUCAACUAGGAAGGGCCGAUGAUCAAGACCCCACAAUGCAAGAGAUCAAGAAACUACUUAGCUACGACAAGAGUGGAGGGUGGGCAGUGCUAAGUAAGGGAGCGGACGUGGUGGUGAAUGGGCAUGGGACAACCAUGUUGCCUACCUUGGUAGAAUAUGAUACGUGGAAGGGGCAUGUGAUCACAAAAGGCUUCGAAAAAUCGUUUAAGGAUCACCAUGACAUGCUUCAUGGUGUUGCUCAUCCCUGUUGUCGCUUCGAGUUUCCAAGUAUGGGGGGAAGGAUUCCAGAGAGCAUGAAAUGUCCGGAGUGCCAGCGAACCAUGGAGAAGUACACCACCUUCCUUUGUUGCCAUGAUGACAACACUACAACCUCGUUCUACUAAAGCCCCAACCUCUCGUUACUUGCUAAUUAAUACUAUCAAUUCUGCUAAAAAUACCAAAAUUAAUAUAUGAAUAAAACUGGGUAUGAAAUGUAGCGUCAAGGUCACUCUUGUGGGCUUUGAUAAAGUUGGUGGUCUAAUUCUUGCUAAAUAAGAGCCACUUUGAUGUAAAAAUGGCACCAUAUUAAUAAUAAUAUUGAGUAUUAUUAUUUGGCU